GCUGAAGGCCCGUAUGAUUUAGCCCAUCAUAGAGAGAGCCCGAGCGAAACUAGGGUUUUAUCACCAUCUCCGACAUUGUCUCUAAGAUAAAGUAAGUCAAACACCGUCCACUUGCUGUGAGAGAAAGCUCCGUCCGCUUCCCCUUGCAAAAUCUGAACGUCAAGUAAAGAUAAUACUUUGAGACAUGGUUAAACACAACAAUGUCGUGCCAAAUGGGCACUUCAAGAAGCACUGGCAAAACUAUGUCAAGACUUGGUUUAACCAGCCUGCAAGGAAGACAAGGAGACGCAUUGCUCGUCAAAAGAAGGCGGUGAAAAUCUUUCCUCGCCCAACGGCUGGGCCUCUUCGCCCCAUCGUUCAUGGUCAGACUUUGAAGUAUAACAUGAAAUUGAGGGCUGGGAGAGGCUUCACUUUCGAAGAACUCAAGGCUGCAGGCAUUCCCAAGAAACUGGCACCAACUAUUGGCAUUUCAGUUGAUCAUCGCCGCAAGAACCGAUCAUUGGAGGGUCUUCAAGUUAAUGUUCAAAGGUUGAAGACAUACAAGGCCAAAUUGGUUGUCUUCCCAAGACGGGCUCGCAAAUCUAAGGCUGGUGAUUCUGCUCCAGAGGAACUGGCAACAGCAACCCAGGUACAAGGGCUGUACAUGCCUAUCACUCUUGAGAAGCCUACCGUAGAGCUUGUUAAGGUUACUGAAGAUAUGAAGUCCUUCAAGGCAUAUGGCAAGCUGCGGGUGGAGAGGAUGAACACGCGACAUGUUGGUACAAGGCAGAAGAGGGCUGCAGAGGCUGAGAAGGAAGAAAAGAAGUAAAAUUGUUUGGCAGCAUUACACAUAAUUUUGAAGUACUAUGUUGGACUACUUUUUGCAUUUAGGUUUUGACUCUGUUUGUUAUAGUUAUUUUGAAUGGUUAAACUUUAAUCUUAGUGAUGUUGAUCCGGGUUAUGAGCCUUAGAAUUUCUUGGUUGUAUCACUUGUGCAGACUUAAUACCUUGUUUUCUCUUUCAAGUAUUUUAUUGAAUGCAGUAAGUUAUGGUA